AUGAGCUUCUUCGAUCCAAUAGGACUGAUUUCGUUUUUCCUGAUCCACGGAAGGAUAUUGAUGCAGGACAUAUGGGCAGCUGGAAUUGGAUGGGACGACAAAAUUAAUGAGAAACUAAGGUCACAGUGGAAGAAUUGGAUUAAUCUCGUUCCGAAUCUUGAACGCUUACGAAUCCCGAGAUGCUAUUUUCCGGAAGCCGUUCAAGAAACUUAUAAGAAUUUACAAGUUCACGUAUUCGUCGACGCGAGCAGAUCUGCGUAUGCAUGUGCGGUGUGUUUCCGCAUUGAGACGUUUCAUGGCCCGAGUGUUCGCCUAGUAGCUGCCAAAGCAAAAGUAGCUCCCUUGAAGAUGCUGACUGUUCCACGUCUUGAACUACAAGCAGCUGUCCUAGGAUCUCGCCUUCUCAACAGCGUGAUAUCCAUGCACGCUCUCCCCGUGACAAAGCGUGUUUUAUGGUCCGAUUCCAGCACUGUUCUCGCUUGGAUUAGAUCAGACCAGCGCCGAUAUCAUCAGUAUGUGGGGUUCAGAAUCGGGGAGAUAUUAGCGACAACGGAUGUUAGUGAAUGGAGGAAGAUCGGAUCGACAUUGAACGUGUCGGAUGAUGCAACAAAAUGGGGUUUAGGCCCAAAUAGCAGCUCUGACAGUCGAUGGUUUCAUGGACCAGAGUUUCUGAGGGCACCGGAAGAAUCCUGGCCGGUAAAUGACGAAAAGGAUGUUUCCACAGAAGAGGAGGUAAUCACCUGUAACGUACAUUGUCCUAUACAGGAACCACUGGUGGAAACGGAUAGAUUCAGCACGUGGAAGAAGCUCCAUAGAGUCCUAGCGUAUGUACAUAGAUUCAUCCAUAAUCUCAAACGUUCGCAAUCAAAACAAAUGAUGUUCUACGGAGUGCUGACUCAAGAAGAACUGGUGCGUGCAGAACAAUCACUGUGGCGACAAGCACAAGGGGAGGCAUUUGCAGCGGAAAUUUCCAUUCUUGAGAAGACGAAGGGAAGACCAGAAGCUCGAAAUGGAAUUCUACCAAAAUCCAGUGCCAUUUACAGGUUAUGGCCAUUCAUGGAUGAGGACGGAGUGAUACGUAAACGCAAUCGGUUGGCGAAUGCAGAAUGGAUACCGUAUGGAACCAAGUACCCGGUUAUUCUACCCAGUAAACAUCCGAUCACCUUUCUUCUUGUCGACUCAUUUCAUCGUCGCUUCCGUCACUGUAACCGUGAAACAGUUGUCAACGAGAUGAGGCAACUCUACGAUAUUCCGAAGCUAAGAUCAAUUGUUGCAGAAGUUUCGAAACGAUGUAUUUGGUGUAAUGUUGUUCGUGCCUAUCCUCGCCCACCACCCAUGGCACCACUCCCAAAAGUACGAUUGACUCCGUUUGUGCGGCCGUUCACCUAUGUCGGUAUAGACUAUUUUGGUCCAGUGCUCGUGAAGGUGGGUCGGAACAACGUCAAGCGGUGGAUAGCAUUGUUCACCUGCUUGACCAUACGCGCUGUGCAUUUGGAAAUCGUCCAUAACUUGUCAAAGGAAUCCUGUGUUAUGGCUGUUAGAAGAUUCGUAUCACGAAGAGGUGCUCCGGCUGAGAUAUUCAGCGAUAAUGGGACUAACUUUCACGGGGCGAACAAUCAACUAAAGCGGGAAAUAGAGGAACGGAAUAACGAUCUAGCAACAACCUUCACCAACACUACUACUCGGUGGUCGUUCAACCCACCUGGUGCGCCACAUAUGGGUGGCGCGUGGGAACGAAUGGUCCGCUCGGUGAAGACAGCAAUCGGAGCCAUUUUGGAAACGCAGAGACGACCGGAUGAUGAGGUUUUCAUGACAGUUAUGAUUGAAGCGGAGGCGAUGAUAAGUACGAGACCGUUGACGUACAUACCAUUAGAAUCGGCGGAUCAUGAAGCCUUGACCCCAAACCAUUUUCUCUUGGGGAGCUCAAGCGGUAUAAAGCAGCCACCUACGAUGCCCAUGGAUUAUCGUACAACGUUGACUAGUGGAUGGAAGCUAGCCCAGUAUUUGUCGGAUACAUUAUGGAAGCGUUGGAUCAAAGAAUAUAUGCCGGUGAUUUCGAGAAGGUCAAAGUGGUUUGAAGACGUGAGGGAGAUAACAGAAGGGGAUCUGGUGCUGAUCUUGGACAGUACGGUGCGAAAUCAAUGGAUCAGAGGAAAGGUGGUCAAGAUCAUUCAAGGAAAAGAUGGACGCGUCCGACAAGCCUGGGUACAAACUGCAAGUGGUACCUUGCGAAGACCAGUGGUGAAGUUAGCGUUACUCGACGUCGUAGAUGGUGGUAAACCGGAAGUCGCUCACAAGGCUUUACGGGUGGGGGAAUGUGACGUCGAGAACCCCUCGUCGACCAACGUGCAGUAG